GUGUGACCGUAGCAGCGCUAUCAGAUCCAGUCCCGACUUCGCCUCCCGCGACCGCCGCCGUCAGCCGCCGUUCUGCGUCGCGUCGUGUUGAUAUUAUGUGAAGUGGCGAACGAAAAGGAUGUAUGUAUACGUACAUCUCGUCUUUCAGUUGACUUUCAUCGUCGUUUUGUAGUGAACGUUUCGCACGGAUAUUGAUAGGAUAUUGCAAUAUCGCUACGUACUAUAUUUACUGCAAUCGGCAAUCCUGAAAAAGACGUUCAGUUACGUGAAACUUUAGGAUUAUUUUGUACAUUGGAUUACAAGUGCUCUAGAGAAUUCUCUGAACAAAAAAUAGCGUUGGGAAAAAGCGUGGCGCAAUGCAGUGUAUGUUUGGAUGCGAAUUCAAACAGUGUUGUGCGAAUUUAAUACUGAGAGACCGCGGUGUAGUGAAUCGUACUAAAAAAUUGUGGUGUUUGCUGUAGCCAUGCUGCCAAUGGUGCAUACAGAGCCGGUGUUUUUCGAUUUUGGGGGUCCCAGCAUAGACGGAGCCGCAACUCCGUCACCCUCGGUGCCGUCCUCGCUCACGCCGCACUCGGAUGUUGACGAACUUGUAGACAUUUUCUUUGACGUCGAUGUGGCCGUCAACACUUUUUCAAGAGUCGAUUCCUGUGACCUCCAACUGGGAGACACAUGGAGGGGGAUGCAAGGCAAGAUGAGCGUGACAGCGCCGGUUAAGAAGAUAAAGAGAAAGUCAGACAGUAAACCACAGUCGCAAGUAAAUAAGUGUAUCAACGAGAAACGGCGUCGGGAGCUCGAGAACGAGACCAUAAAUCAGUUGGAAGAGCUCCUGGGCACGUGCCUUGCGGAGGUGAAGCAGCCAGACAAGAACGGCAUCGUUCGCGAGGCCACUCGCCAGAUCCAGGAGGUGCUGAACCGGCGCCGCGAGUGCCCCGGCGAGUGUCCGUUGCGCGCGCGCCUCGAACCCGUACAGGCGGGGGAGGUCAGCUCUACGCAGCCGCAGCCGCCGCCUCCAGGACACCACUACUCUGAGACCACUACACUUAUUGAGGCUCUAAAGCACUACACGAGCAGUCUUGGUUGGGUUUUACUGGAAAUUAAUUCAGAAGGAAAAAUCGUUUGUGUAACCGAGAAUAUUAAAGACUUCAUUCUGCAGGACAGAACCGAGUUAUACAAAAAAUCUAUAUUCUCACUGUUGCAUGCCAGGGAUCAUGCAAAAAUAAAGCCCUUGUUGAAGAAUAUACAAAGUUUCGGCUGGUCCGCAGGUGACACCGACAAGUUUCAAGCUAUUCAAGCCCGACUCGCCAUACACAAUUCGAAUGGGACAGACAACGCUGAAUACGUGGAGGCAGUGAUCCACGCGGCGCCGGUGCGCGGCUCGCCGGCGGAGCAGGCCGGCUCCGUCAUGUGCGUCAUUCGGCGCUGCGAGGACGCGUCGGCCCUGCUCCCCGCGCCCCUGCCCACCGACGGCCCGCCCAGCCGAGCCGACAUCCACAACGACCAGAUCGUCUUCAGAUUGGACUCCAAUUUGGUUAUCUUAACUUGUGAUUUAAGUGGUGUGGAAGACUUAGUCGGUACACGUUAUUUGGAACUAAUUGAUCAAAGUGAUCGCGUUCGCGUCGCCGCGCAUCUAAAGGGAGCCCCGGGGCUGUCCGCGCCGCCCUCGAUCAGCGACCCCUUCCGGCUGCGGCUCAACGAGCGCCGGCUGCGGGUCAUCGCGCAGACGCGCAUCUUCCGCGCCGACGCCGCCUCUGACGAACACGACUUCAUCAUGUCCACGCACACCGUGCUCGACGACGACGCGCCGCAAGACGCGGGCCCCGCGCCCUCCGGCGCCGGCGGGCCGUUGCUGCCAUCCGCUCCCAACGGCGAGCCCUACCGCCCGACCAUGAGCCCCGCCGAAUUCAUCGCCAUCAAUGACUUCGACCACGACCAGUGGUUCUCGGUGCCCAACUUCCCGAUGGGCGACAUGUCCGAGGAGUCGAAGGAGACGAAGGGCAGCCCGUCGCCCGGGCCGCUAACGCCGCUCACGCCGCGCACGCCCGCCACGCCGGGUGACGCCACGUCCACGCCCGUCGGCCCCGCCGGCCCCGCCGACGAGCGCCUGCGCUCGCUGCUCACCAAGCCCGUUUCGGAGGCCUCCUCGGUGGCGUCCGAGAACCGGCUGCUCAAGAACCUGCUGAAGCAGGAGGAGGAGGACGGCACGUCGAGCGAGACGUCGGCGCCGCACACGCCGCUGACACCGCACACGCCGCACACGCCGGCCGCGCUGUCGCCGCACCACUCGCACACGGGGGGCGCGCGCGCGCUGCCGCACAACCCGCACGCGCCGCACGCCCCGCACGCGUCGCACAUGCUGCAGUCGCAGAUGUCCAUGUCGAGUGCGGCGCUGCACACUCUUCAGCCGCCUAUUAAUAAUGGUUCAGAAAUUUUAUCACGGAUAUUGCACACGAAUUCAGACGAAGACGCUGAAGAAAAUAGGAGAAAUUGUCAAGACGGGAAUCGGCCAUCACAAGUGUCGCAUCCUAGUGCGCUGCUAACCCAACUUUUGGCAAACGGGCCGUCGAAUAAUGGCCGCACCACAGACCCCGAGCGAGAUUACCUCCACGAGAGGCUUCAAGGGGUUAAACGUAAAUUUGAGGAGAAUAAAGGUUGCCCUACGAGUAAUGUUAAAAGGCCGACUUCAGAGGCUCAACAGGUGAGCUCUAGUGCGGUGUCGGCGUCACCCACGUGUUCGUCCUCGGCGACGUCACCGCCGACCUCGAGCGCCGGCAUGAGCCCGCUGUGCGCCAAGAACCAGAUCCUGGUGUCGCUGUUGGCGCGGCAGCAGACGUCGCCCACCACGCCCAUGCCGCUGCCCAACGCGCUGCGCGGCUUCCCGGCGCAGCGGCCGCGUGCGCCGCCGCCGCCCCUGCCGCGCCACCAGGCCACCAUCACCAACAUGCUCGCCGCUAACAACAACAACCGGCCGAACAGCGUGAACGGCGGCAGUGGAGGGUCGGGGCUGGAGUGCGCGCCCAGCCUCGGGCAGAGCCACCUGCAGCUCGUGCUGCAGGGCGCGCCGCGCGGCUACCCCGCACCCGCCUCCAACCCGCCGCCCGACCCGCUGCACUACGGCAACACUGCGCCGCUGCACGUGUACAACAACCAGCCCAUAAGUGGCAGUAGCCGGCAGGGCGAUCGCGGCGACAGCGAGGUGCCGUGCGGCGACAGCAUGCUGUCGGCCAUCCUCGACGAGUUCAUCGAGAACAUGCCUGACGCCGACCGCAACGCGCCCGACGUAAGCGUGCUCUUGGACCUCGAGACCUAUCAGCUCAAACCCGACAGCGCGGGUAUGAAAGAUAGCAAAGCUAUGAUCAAUGCAAUAAGACAAAGUCUUAUGCAAUGUGAAACCGUCACCAAGAGCCCAGUGUCGACCAGUCCCGGACCGCCGCCGCCUGUCUACUCCGUACAAAAUUUGGGUGGGGGCAGCAUGAGCGGCAGCAACGCGGCAAUGUACAGCAUGAGCGGCGCGGGCGUGGAGCCGGCGCGGCGCGUCGGCGACCAGCAGCAGCAGAAGGCGCGCCUGCUGCAGCAGCAGUUGCAGCAGCAGAUGCUAGUGUCGCGCGAGGUGAGCUCCGUGUCACACUACAGGGCGGGCAGCAUGAGCGGCAGCAACGCGGCAAUGUACAGCAUGAGCGGCGCGGGCGUUGAGCCGGCGCGGCGCGUCGGCGACCAGCAGCAGCAGAAGGCGCGCCUGCUGCAGCAGCAGUUGCAGCAGCAGAUGCUAGUGUCGCGCGAGGCGUCCGAGCAACCUCAGGCGGAUCUCGGGUCGGCGCUGGUGACGGGCGCGCCGCCCAACGUCACGCUGCAGCGCACCCCCGACUAUCACCGAUUGUAUAUAUCCCCCUCUAAUCAAUUGGGAUCAAAUUAUGGUACAAAUAAAAUAACUUCGACGCAACAAAACCCGAUGUUAUCGCAACAACUAACCGGGUCGCGGUACAGCGCGGCGCUGGCGGCGCACUCGGCGGCCGCGCUGCACACGCCCAUGUCGCAGCAGCCCUACCACCGCGCGCCGCGCCCGCAGCCGGUGGGCGGCUACUACGACGAGGGCGCCAACUACCGCGGCGAGUACGCGCACGCGCGCCGGCCGCCGCACGCGCCGCACGGCCCGCACGGCUCGCACCCUCCGCACGGCCCGCACGCGCCCAUCUCGCCGCACACGCCGCACCAGGUGCAUCCGCCGCCCCAUGACCAGGUCUUGUCAUGCGCGGGCAGCGGCGGGGUGGGAGGCGCAGGCGGCACGUCAGAGUACGUGCGCAACGAGCUGCGCGCCGUGGUGGGCGCGCGCUCGGCCCGCCCCGACCUACACCCGCACCCGCAUCCGCAUCCGCACCUUGCGCCCGACCUCGACCCGCUCAUGAGCUUCGACAUGACCACGUCCAGCGGUGGCGGCAGUGUGGUGGGGGGCCGCGCGGCCUCGGCGACGGGCCCGCAGAGUGCGUGGGAGUCGCCCCAGAGCACCCCGAAUACUACGGAGGCGGGCUCGGCGGAGGCGGCGGCGGCGGCGGGGGCGGGGGCGGGGGCGGCCCGCGGUGAUGAGGCGCCGGCGACCUCGGGCGGCGGGCGCACGCCGGCGGCGGCCGCGAAGGCCUCGCUGCUGCAGAAGCUGCUCUCGCAGUGACUCUCACUCGCUCCCGCACUCGCUAAAGUUGCAUUUAUUACUUUAUCGAUCCUUCGGGUGGACGAUAAUCGACGAUACUUAAAUUCCAUCGUAACGAACGUCGUCGUUCCCGGUUACGGUCUACGCGGUACCUCAACGGCUGUAAAUCUCGCAGCGCGAGAAUAAUCAUAGUACACGUAUUUAUAGAACGUCUUAUAAUUAUGUCGAUAUGUAGUCUAGUAGUGCUAGUUAUAUAUGGAGUUGUAAAAAUAGUUUUGUUGAUGAAAUAUUUUUGUCUUGAGUUCUUUGAGAACGUUGUUUAAGAUUGAUCUUUACAUUUCUAUGAGUAGUUUUUUUCGAACGAGAUUUUAGUUCGAGACGAUUUAUGAUGGUAGCUACCUGCGACGGAAAAAAUAGUUCUACAAUGUACUCGUACGCCUAGUACAUACAUCAUGUAAUAGAAAUGUACCGUGUGCAAUAUGGUAUAGGUUUAAAAUGAUAUUAGGCGUUGUGAACGUUUAUGUAAUAUAGUAUGAAAGUCAGAUGUUACCUGUUAUGACAAAGUAAUUUGUAUUAUAGUAUACUAGAGACGACAGAGUGAGUUUUAGGACAUAUUCCAUAUACACUGAAGUUUGUAUAACGAAAAUUGACUAGCAAUGGUAUCAUAAGAAAACAUUUUUGUUCCUUGUUUAAUAAUUACAGAGACGUGACUCCAAAUGAUUAAAAUAAAAUGUUAGUCCUAAAACUCAUUCUGUAUUCAUAAUGAGACAUCAAGUGAAACAAAGAAUAAUAAUAAUGAUGGCGUGUAAAUACUGUGUUGUUAAAUUAAUUACAUAUAAUUAUGUUGCUUUAAUGUAAAUAUUUUUUUAGUUAUUUGUGUUUCAUGUCGUGUGCCUAUGGUAUAUGUAUUUAAUUUUAUGUUAUUCUCGAACAUUGUUUUCUUUAGCAUCGCAUUGCUUUAUUUAUAAUUUGACAAUUAUUCAGAAUUCUAUUCUAACAAUGUUUUUAUUAUAUUGGUUGGUAGUCUUGUGCAUAUUUAUAAUGUAAGUCUUUCUGGAAAUAUUGUUCGCCCCCUAGUGCAAGAUCGUCUAUAAUUUACAUUUAAUUAAAAAACUGCGAGUGUUAUUGAAUAACAAUAGUCGCAACGCUAGCAAUCCUUGUUAGAUCUAUAGGAAAUUGUUAAGAUGGAGGACACACAGGAGGAGAGUGGGCAGGAUGCAUUAAACGACCGGCGUGCCGAGUGUCGCGUGCCGCGUGCCGCGUGCCGCGUGCCGCGUGCCGCGUGCCGCAUUAUUAUAGAUAAUGCGCUGAUCGGUGUGGCGAAGCGUGAACAAACAACCUCCAUAUUACUUGUCAACUAUUGUACAUUACAUACAGCUCCUGUUAAAUGCACACAUUUGAUGUGUGGACUACGGCCACUUUAGAUAAGGAAUUGUCGACCGUGUACACUAAAGCACGUUUUUAUUUCAAUAAUUGGCGACAGUUAUAACUUCAAUUUAAACUGAGUUCAUCGAAAAUGUAAUCAAUAUUCAUCUACCAUCAAAAUAUACCAUUUCUUCAAUUAUAGUGCACAAUAACAAAAAAGGGCACUGACUUAUAUUUUAGUGUUUGUAAAAUAUAACGUAGUACUCCUAAUAGCGGUCUCAAAUGUACAAAAUAUUAAAAUUACAUUUAAUGACAUUUAAGAUCUUUUUAUUUUUCAAAAUUGUACAGACGCUAUUCACUAACUCGAACACCGGGACCAUAACAGGCAGGACGAUGCAACCAUAGUUCCGCUUCUCGGUCGUCGCCGCUGGCUCCCACUGGUCACUGGUAGCAAACCGACGACUCUAAUCUUACGAACUACUUUAGCUGAAGCGGCUCAACUAUUAUAGUCUUCAAUGUGUUAUACCCGCGAGACAACAUUGGCGAAUGACAAUAAAUCAAACGAAUAUAAAUAAGGUAUGUACUUAAAUAGACUUGGGGGUACCAACAUUUCAAAUGCAUAAAUCCUACCGUUACUUUUCAGACCCACUCUUUUAAAGCGACACACGAGUAGCGAGUAGCACGUAGAAUCACGACAAAGAGUAUUGUGAUGUUUUAAGAUUUUACCUAACUAAUGAGUAACGUACAAAUAGUCUGUAGAAGAUAUCCAUAAACCAAAACGAGUAAUGUGUAUAGGAUAAGAAUAUUUUUUUACCAAUGAAGUACCAUAUUUUGGAAAUGUAGACUACUGACCAAUUUGUUUGUGAAAGUGGUUUUGGGGAAGGGCACACCGGCUCGGUUAGCGUAGCCUAGCGAUCAUCACACUACACCGGCUCACCAUAGCUUACCAUAGCUGCCUAGCUGUUACAAUAUCUACAUCUGGAACUAUGAUUACUGCAAGUGAUUUUUUUUUAUUUCCUCAAAAUUAUUAGAUAAGAUUUGUUUUAUGUACUAAAGAUAAAAGAAUAUAGCAAUAUUUCUAUUCAUUCCAUUUAUUUUAAGGGGGAAAUGUCAGAUAGAUAAAUAUCAAAUCAAUAAAGUACAAGUGAUGGCCUUUUAAUAUGACAACAUUUAACCAUAAUAGAUAAAGAUUAGUCAGUCCACCUACACUUGCAUAUAUUUACAUACGGAAUAUAUGGACUUAUCGGAUCGCUAAAAGGAACUGCAUGAAAUGCCGUCACUUAUUUACGUCAUGAAGCGAAUAAUUGUACCUACACUAAAGUUAUAUUUUUUGCAGAUUUACGCUAACAUAGUGAAUACCUCAUAUUGUCUCAUAAAUAAUCUGAAGACACGUCCAUACACCACAAGCAGUUGAAUAUAUAAAUUGAAAAAAUCUAAAUAAAUAGAUGCAGCAAAUACACGAGUAACAUAGGUGCCUGGAAUUUAAAAUAAAUAAAAGAUAUUUUUUCUAAGCAUCCAAACAAAACGAUAAAUUUUGAUAUCGAAUAGCUACAUUAAUAAAUUUACGUACUUGUAUGAAAUACGAGUAAAAUUAUAAUAAGCAGCGAUUAGGCAAAAUUAAGAUUUUCAUUCAUAAUCUAUAUCUCUAUCUCUAGGUUUAUAAACUCCGGAAAAGUGAGAAUGGACUUAUAAUUAUAUACGAUUGUCGGUGAUUCGUAUAAAAAAUUGGUAAUAAUAUAAACGUUAGUGGCCAUUACCAUCACACAUAAACCAGGGGAACCUGUUUUCCAGUUCUUAGCGAUGGAAAUUAAAUAUAUCACUUGCGUUGAAUGGGCUUCAUAUCCAGAGUUACUCAAAUAUGUAGCUUACUUUUCAUUCUUCACAUAAUACUGAAAUAAUGAGGGCUACCGUUUUUGUGCUCACCAGUUGGCGCCACUGUAGAUGUAGGUCCAGAAAAACAGAUCUCAAAAUUCUUCUAGCCUAUUUUUAUAAAAUCAAUACAUUCUAAUAUACACAAAGGUAUUUUAACGUCUAAAUGUGCAAUUUUUUAUACCUGUUUAAUUUUGCAUAUAUUUUAGUUGGCACUUUUUUUAAACCACUAACAUUUAUUGAGCUAUACGACAUUGUUUACGAUGAUUAAUUAAAGAUGGACAAAGAUUUACCACAAUUAUGAAUAAGGAGUGAAAAUUCCCGAUAAAAAAGCUUGAAACCCCCAAAACUUCUAUGCAUUUGACAUUUUGAAAGACCUCCAUCUACACUAGCGCCCCUAGCGGCAAAAUUAAACGCGUUAGCCCUCAUUGGCAUCUAACCAAAGGUCAUCGAAAAUAUAUUCCUAACAUAUAAAUAAUGUAUUUUGGUAAAGAAGAUAUUAAUGUUUAAAUGGGCUUUAAGAAUAUAUGAUUAUAACUAUUAAUCGUGUAUAAGCAGUGUUAGAAUGUUAAUUGUCUUGAUGUUUUGGAAUGAAUUCACUGAAUAAAAUAUUCGAUUUGACUAAAAAUACAAAUCCCUUCACAGCUGUUUAAAAUACAAAAAUUAAACUGUACUACAAAUGUUAUAGCAAUUGUUCUAGUUUAUGCACUAAACUUUUGUUACUUUCGAUCCAUGGCCAUUUACAGGAUGAUGGUCCCUAUUGUAAAAAUAUUAAUGGGGAUUUAUAAACUAUUUCACUGGAAAGGUAUGUCAUAAAUGAUCCUUUUUAAUUGGGAUAUAUUAUAAUGUUUUCUCAAUUUAAUCUAGACUAGGCAUCAUCUAUUACCACAGAGUAAAUCUAAAUUAGAAAUGCAAUUAAUAGGGUCCAAAUUUUCCAUCCAAAACAUCAGAAAUAUAUAUUGGGAUUGUAAGUUAAUGACGUCAUCGUUAAUAGACACGUUGCUGCAACUAAUUUACUCUGUGGAAAAUACCUCUGUUCAUCACCGAGAAUAUUGCGUCCUGAAACAUUGAUGAGUACGGGGAUCUUUGUUUCAAGGGGAAAACAUAAUUAGUUUUUCAGAUUUUGAUUACAUGUUAUGUCCGUUAUUUAUUUAUUACUUACUGUGUGUUUUUGUAUCACUAUUAUUUUAUAAAGAUAUUAUCAAAGAAUAAGGAGUUAACAUGCGCGUGAUAAUAUUUAUAUUAUAAGGGAUGACAGUUGCUAACACAAUGAGGUCUAUUUUCCCGUACAAGAAUGAUUUUAUUUUUUGUAUAAAAUCUUACCUCUUGUCUUGGCCUGUCGUCUGCGAACAAAGGAUGUUUCCUUCCGUUGUGGAUAUUUCUAAGGUUAAAUACGUUAGUGUAAAAAGCUAAUUAUGUUUUUCUAAGAAUACGCAAAGUGGUUUUAGGUGUUGGUCAGUCGCAGAAAGGAUUAUUGCGAACGUGAGCUUUAGUUUAGAAGCGCGGGCGCACUGCAUGCGUCAGUGACGCUGACGAGCAGCGCUCGGGCGCGUCGGAUACGGGUCUUGUACACGUACAGCUCGGCGCGGCAGCACUCAAUUUCUAGUUUGACAUUACCCUCUAAUACACAACUUAGUCUUGUUCGGGCAAUCAUCGUUUUUGCGAGUGGCCGUUAAGUCUGUGUUAUUUAGUUCUUCAGAUGUAAGAUUAAGGUCUCUUGUGUUGCUGUGCAUUUCUAAGCAUCGUAUGUAUGUAUGUUUAUAAUAUUGUAAAUAGCUAAAAUACAUUAUAUUUUUACGACUAGCAUACGCAACCAAAGUUGUUAUAAAGUGAUGGUUGAUUAAAUAAUAAAUUUAAAUAGGUCGUUAUGUUUAUUUUAGGAAAAGAUACAAAUAAACUGUACAGUUGUAUAUGGGUACAUCCAAUGUCUCGUUGAAGCCUUUUACACAACCGCCCUGAUAUUAGUAAAAUCGAAUUUAUUAUUUUUUGGUAUAAAAAACGGUUAAAUCUAAAAGGAAUAUAAAUUAUAAAUAAAAUUAACAGAAAUAAGUAGUGUAUGAGUGUGGCUUAAGCUCGUUUUGUUCCUAGUGUCUACCUACAUACCUAGCUAGCUUGUUUCAGAACAUAUUUCUUCUCGGCGUUUGUCAAUUAAUGAAACUUGACGCAUUUUGCUGUCUCCAAAAUAAAAACAAAUCUGUGAAAGUAUAAUUUAAUUCCUUGAAAAGAUCAGGCAUUAUGAGUACAUUACAUUAAUUUAAGUUGUAUUUUUUGUACAUUUUAGAUUCGAAAUAUAUUAAUAUCUAAAAGAAAA